AUGGACGAUGACGAGGAGGAUCGCGACUUCAGCAAGAGCAUUGUGUACGGUUUCUUUGACCAAGCCGAGAACACCUUCAAGAAGAUACAGAAGGAAAUAGAUGACAAGAACCUCGCUGAACUCUCUGCCCUCGGUCACUUCCUCAAGGGCUCAUCGGCCACACUGGGCCUUGUCAAGGUCAAGGAGGGCUGCGAGAAGAUCCAAAACUUCGGCGCCCACAAGGACGAGGCAGGUCUCAUUGACGAACCGGACACGGAGGUCUGCCUCAAGGCCAUCAAAAAGACUCUGGAUGAAGUCAAGGUCGAAUAUCGUAAGGUCGAGAAGCUCCUCCGCCGAUACUACGGCGAGGAGGUGAAGGACGAAGAGAAGCCAGAAGAGAAGGAGGUCAAGGAGGAGAAGAAGAAGAAGAAGGAAGAAAAGCUUAAGGAAGAUCCCAAGAAGCAGGCUACCGAGUCCAAGGAGACUAAGGAGCCCACCAAGGAAGCCUCGGAAUAA